GUACUAUCACACACGCCUCGGCAUGCUAGUAUAUAUAACAGGAGCUGGGUAGUGUGCUGAGAGAGGCAUUGGUCACUGCACACGACAGAAAGAACAGCUAGCCUAGGCAUGGCUCCCCUUGUGCCAUUGUUGCUGAUGUUUCUCCUCUCUAGCUCCUCUACUACAUCAUCAUCCCUCGACAUUUCCCAUGCAGUAGCAGCAAGCGUCGGCGACGAGCUCAACCACUACGUCGUGGUGGAAACUAGCUCGCUCGAGCCAAGCACCGUCUGCCAAGGCCACAAGGUGAGCCCGCCGGCUAGCGGCAACCUUGCUGGCGGCGCCUGGGUGCCGCUGAGCCAUCCUCAUGGUCCUUGCUCCUCGGCGGGGCACAAUGUGGCGCCGCCGUCAUCCGUGGCAGACACGCUCCGGUGGGAUCAGCACCGCGCGGGCUACAUCCAGAGGAAGCUCUCCGUCGAGAACCCCCUGGCGGACGCGCCCGCCCAGACCCCCCAGUCAUCUGAGGUCAAUAGCGAGCCCGCCGGGACGUUCGCAGUGGGAAAUGAGGCGCCUUCAUCGUCAUCCGACGUUGCUCCGGCAGCCACCGGCGGUGGGAAGCUGCCUGGAGUGACCCAACACAUGGUGAUCGACACGGCGAGCGACGUGCCGUGGGUGCAGUGCGCGCCCUGCCCAAAGCCGCAGUGCCACCCUCAGACGGACGCAACCUACGACCCAAGCAAGUCCGGGACCUAUGCUCCCUUCCCCUGCAGCUCCCCCAUCUGCCGCCAGCUCGGCCCGUACGCCAACGGCUGCACCGGCGCCGGCAACACCGGCCAGUGCCAGUACCGCGUCCAGUACCCCGACGGGUCAGCCACCUCCGGCACCUACAUCUCCGACGUGCUAACAAUCACCCCCACCCCGGCCGGCACGGUCAGCAGCUUCCGCUUCGGCUGCAGCCACGCCCUACAGCGCCCCGAGCUCUUCAGCAACACGACCGCCGGGAUCAUGUCGCUCGGCCGGGGCGCGCAGUCGCUCUCGUCGCAGACAAAGGGAACCUACGGCAACGUCUUCUCCUACUGCGUCCCGCCGACGGCGAGCCAACGUGGCUUCUUCACUCUCGGGGUACCGAGGAUCGCCGCCUCCAGGUACGUGCUGACGCCCAUGCUCAAGAGCAAAAUGGCCCCGUCCAUGUACCUCGUGCGCCUGCAGGCUAUCACCGUCGCGGGGCAACGGGUCGCUGUUCCGCCGAUGGUCUUUGCCCCCGGCGCGGUGAUGGACUCCCGCACCGUCAUCACGCGCCUCCAGCCCACGGCGUACCGCGCGCUGCGCGACGCCUUCAGGGCCCAGAUGAGCGCGUACCGCGUCGCCCCGCCCAAGGGCCAGCUAGACACCUGCUACGACUUCACCGGCAUCCGCACCCUAAGGCUGCCCAAGAUCUCGCUGGUGUUCGACAGCCGGAGCAACGGCGGUGCUGCAGUGGAGCUUGACUCGUCAGGGGUGCUGUUCAACAGCUGCCUCGCCUUCGCAUCCACUGGCGGCGGCGACGGAUCCACCGGGAUCAUCGGCUACGUUCAGCAGCGUACAAUCGAGGUGCUCUUCAACGUCGGCGGCAGCGCCGUCGGAUUCCGCCGUGGCGCGUGCUGAGCUACCUAUCGUACUUGUUUGCUCGAUCCAUUUAUGUACCGCCGUUUGAGGGGCAUAUCUAUAUAUUGGCCGACAAAAUAAGCCCAUUUGAUUCUUGUUUUGUUUGCUGUAUCUCCAUUUGACAAGUAUUUUGUGUGCUAUAUCUUUGUCUGAACUGAAGCUUAAUAUUUAUUUACUGGACUGUUUUAUAUUUAGUCCUUGUUCGAGUUG